CUGCUUUCAGUGCAGUGUGCUGUCUGUCAAGCGGUAACAAGGACCAACUGAGGAAGAAAGAAAGAAAGACGGACGGACGACAAGUGUAGCCCUCCACGCCCAGAGAUCAGCUUCCUCACCACAUCUCUCAGUUUCAGGUUCCUCUACUGAUUCACGCUUCAGCAUGGCCGCCACACCGAUCACUGCGGAGGAGCUGGAGGAUCUUAGAGAAGCUUUCAGUAAAAUUGAUGUGGACAAUGAUGGCGUUAUCAGCAAGGAUGAGCUUGAUGCUGUCCUCAAGGCCGCCAACCUUUCACUGCCGGGCUACAGAGUCAGAGAGAUGAUCCAGGAGCUGAGCAAGAGCAGCGAAGAGCUCAACUUUGAGAAGUUUACCGAAAUCGUCCAUGGACUGAAGAGCACAGAGGUGGCAAAGACCUUCAGGAAAGCAAUUAAUAAGAAGGAAGGAAUCUGUAACGUGGCGGGAACCUCGGAGCAGACUGGCACUCAGCACUCCUACUCAGAGGAGGAGAAGGUGGCCUUUGUGAACUGGAUCAAUAAAGCUCUGGAGAAGGAUCCAGACUGUAAACACGUUCUGCCCAUGGAUCCUAACACCGACAACCUGUUCACCGCCGUGGGAGACGGAAUCGUUCUCUGUAAAAUGAUCAACCUGUCUGUGGCCGACACCAUCGAUGAGAGAACAAUCAACAAGAAGAAGCUCACACCCUUCACCAUCCAGGAGAACCUGAACCUGGCUCUGAACUCGGCGUCAGCCAUUGGUUGCCAUGUGGUGAACAUCGGAGCUGAGGACCUGAAGGAGGGCAGGCAGCACCUGGUCCUGGGUCUGCUGUGGCAGAUCAUCAAGAUCGGGCUGUUUGCUGACAUUGAGCUCAGCAGGAAUGAAGCUCUGAUCGCUCUGCUGCGCGAUGGAGAGAGUCUUGAAGAUCUGAUGAAACUUUCCCCCGAGGAGCUGCUGCUGCGUUGGGCCAACUAUCACCUGGAGGAGGCGGGCUGUGGCAAGAUCAACAACUUCAGCUCUGACAUCAAGGACUCCAAGGCGUACUACAACCUGCUGAACCAGGUAGCACCCAAAGGAGAUGAUGAGGGAAUUCCCCCCAUUGCCAUCGACAUGUCAGGACUCAGGGAGAAGGACGAGCUGAAGCGAGCCGAGCUCAUGCUGGACCAGGCCGACCGGCUCGGGUGCAGACAGUUUGUCAUGCCGACAGAUGUCAUCCGCGGCAACCCUAAACUCAACUUGGCUUUUGUCGCCAAUUUGUUCAACAAGUACCCAGCUCUGAAGAAGCCAGAGAACCAGGACAUCGACUGGAGCUCCAUCGAGGGUGAAACCAGAGAGGAGCGCACCUUCAGGAACUGGAUGAACUCGCUGGGAGUCAACCCUCGCGUCAACCACCUCUACGCGGACAUUGACGACGCCUUGGUGAUCUUCCAGUUGUACGAGAAGAUCAAAGUACCAGUGGACUGGGACAGAGUCAACAAACCUCCCUACCCGAAACUGAGCAGCAACAUGAAGAAGCUGGAGAACUGUAACUACGCCGUGGAGCUGGGAAAGAAGGAGGCCAAAUUCUCUUUGGUCGGCAUUGCGGGGCAGGACCUGAACGCGGGAAAUCGAACCCUCACCCUCGCUCUGCUCUGGCAGCUCAUGAGGAGGUACACUCUGAAUAUCUUGGAGGACCUGGGCGACGGGCAAAAGGUGAUCGAUGACACUAUUGUAUCCUGGGUCAACCAGAACCUCACACAGGCAGAGAAACCCACAAUCUCCAGCUUCAAGGACGGCUCCAUCAGCACCAGUAUGCCGGUUCUUAACCUGAUCGAUGCCAUCCAGCCUGGAUCCAUCAGGUACGACCUGCUGAAGACCGAAGACCUGACUGAGGAGGAGAAACUCAACAAUGCAAAGUACGCCAUCUCCAUGGCCAGGAAGAUUGGCGCCCGAGUGUACGCGCUGCCCGAGGACCUGGUGGAGGUCAAGCCUAAGAUGGUGAUGACGGUGUUCGCCUGCCUCAUGGCUCGUGGCCUGAGAGGAUAAGACCACAGCGACCUCCCAUCUGCGAACUGGAGACUUCCAAAGCUGGCUUCCAAGGAAAUGAAGAGGAAGUAGCAGAGGAUCAGCUCAAAAGCUGGGCUCUAGACUCUAACCCAGAAAGAUUUAUUACGAUAAUGUUUCAUAACAUCUGCUGUGAUUUGUCUGUUUCUCUCAGAUAUACUCUAGAAAACUUAACAUUUCAUUCCUGCAAACCUAAGAGGCUGAAAUAAUAAGUCCAAAUAAGUUCAGUGAAAUCACACGUGUGACUAAAUGUUUUCAAAAAUUAUUAGAAUAUUAGAAAAAGAUCUGUACCAGUGUUUAAAUCUGCAACAGAUUUCUACCUCUGAACACUGAAGCACCCCCAAAGUGACAGAACAGGCUACAAGUUAAUGCUGAAUAAUAAACUGGUGCAGCCUGUCACCAGCCAGGAAAUACAAGCACAAUAAACAGAAUAUUAAAUGUUUUCUCAAAAAGACCAGAAACACAGUAUUAUUUGUUACUUUUCCCAUUAUCUUCUGUCAGUUCAGGGCUCCAUAUCAUCAUUUAACUGUGAUUACACACACACACACACACCAUUUUUUCUUUUCAGUAAAGAUUUACAGGAAUUACCUGGAGCAGGAUCACAUUUGAUACUGAGCUGCAACAGUUUCCUGGCUAUAUUUUUCUUUCUGUUGAACCUGAGCUGAUCCAUAUAACCUUAUACCUGACAUCAGGACAAUAAAGAGAUUUGUUUUUGUAUUA